AUGAAGCUUUUUGAAAUCAUUCUCGGAGUUCUUUGCAUUUUUGCUUAUCAAGUAGCUAAUGCCGCUAAAUGCUACGUCUCGGUUGAUGGRAUAGCUCUUGUUGACCACGUCAUGGACUCCUUCYMURUCKACCACAUCGAYACUUGUUAYGAAAGAUGCGCUGCAAWGCUAGGMUGUGARAGCAUCAACUUUUACGUGAAAAAUCGCUUGUGUGAACUUAACAACAGGACUGUUGAGAAUACCCCGAGCAAGAAAGUCUUCAACGAAAAGGCGGUUUAUCUUAGGAACCCAAAUCCAGAUUUUGAUGAAUGUUCUGUGGCUAACGCUUGCCAUGCUAACGCGCAAUGCACUAACACAUUUGGAUCGUACGACUGUCAGUGCAAACCUGGUUAUCAUGGAGAUGGGAAGAAUUGCUCAGAUGUGGAUGAAUGCUCAACAGGCACCCAUACCUGCGAUGUAAAUGCAACUUGUACUAAUAAACUUGGCUCGCACACUUGUCGAUGUAAUCAUGGUUUCCAGGGUAAUGGGCGGACAUGUACAGAUGUGGAUGAAUGCUCAACAGGUGCCCAUAACUGCAAUGUUAAUGCCAAGUGUACUAAUAAAAUUGGUUCGUACAUAUGUCGAUGUAAUCAUAGUUACCAGGGUAAUGGACUGGCAUGCACAGACAUUGAUGAAUGCUCGUCUGGCGUCUAUCCUUGCCAUGCAAAUGCACUUUGUACUAAUACUAAUGGAUCUUACAAUUGCCGUUGUCAAGGUGGUUCUGGUGAUGGACGACACACCUGUAGAACAUUAUUCCCAAAGUCUUGCAAUGAGCAAAAGAAGGCAUUUCCCGCCUCAAGAUCUGGUACCUACACCAUUGAUCCCGAUGGCAAUAUUGGAGAGGUACCUUACAACGUGUAUUGUGACAUGACAGACAAGGGUGGGGUGGGGGUAACGGUUAUCAGCCACAAUAGAGAAAAUUGGGAUAGUGUCAACAAUUGUCCUCCUAGUCCAGGUUCUUGCAGUCGUAUUGUUUCAUAUAAUGGAACAUCUCUCGCCCAGUUAGCUAAACUGACUGAAAUCUCAACACGAUGUGAACAAUAUAUUGUGUAUUCUUGCACGGGUGAUGUACUUUUCAUCGAGGCCUCUUACGCUUGGUGGGUAUCACGUGACGGUGUAAAGCAGUAUUACUGGGGAGGUGCAACGCCGGGAAGCAAAAAAUGUGCUUGUGGUAAGACAAACACUUGUCACAACAAGAAAGGAUGUAAUUGCCAUAAUAGUGCUGGUGGGUGGCGUACUGACGGAGGUCUGCUGACAGAUAAGACAACCCUACCGGUGAAAGAGAUGAGGUUUGCCGAUACUGAUGGCAGCAAUGAAAAUGCUGAAUAUUAUCUUGCUAAACUAAAGUGUUACUAAAAAAACAUGACAUCCUUUAACACUGAACAUAUUGAUCAAAAGUAAUCAUUUCCAAUCCCAGACAGAAAAUGUAGUGAUUUCUGCGCAUCCUUUUUUCAGAAUACAAAAUGAUAUAAUGAAAAAUUCAACUAGUAAAAAUAACUGGUGAUAGACCGGCGUUUUAGCCACUCGUUUAUCCUUGCUCACUGAACUACAUAUGGAUCUUUGCGUAUUCUAGGAUGGUGCUAAAUUGGUGAGACGAUGUAUCAUUGCAGAAUUUUUCUUGAUGACGCAAAUUUUAAGCUAAUACCAAUACAGUUUUGAAUGUCUACAUCCAAAAAUUGAUUGUUUUGGUUCGAAGUCGCCCCCACCCAGCUACUGAGAAACAGGUUAGUUACAAGAACGAAUGACAUCAUUUACUCGAUCACUAUAACCUAUAGAUAUCAAUAAUCGAUAAGAAUUAAUAUAUGUAAUACCAUGAUCACCUCGGAUUCUUUUGUCUUCCGAGGGAUGUUUACAA